UCUGCGCGUGCGCAGGGCUGGCUGUUUGGAAGCAAGGAAGGAGCGAGGCUGAGAUGGCGGCCAAAGGAGGGAACCGGGGCAAAGCCUUGGAGCUGCUGCGGACCCUGCCCCGGGUCAGCCUCGCCAACCUGAGGCCCAACGGCGGCGCCCGGCAAACGGAAAGGAGACGUGGACGUGGAAGGUAUAGAGGUCGGAAAAGUGGCCGAGGUCAUAAAGGAGAAAGGCAAAGAGGAACCCGCCCACGCUUAGGAUUUGAAGGAGGGCAAACUCCCUUUUAUUUAGUUAUCCCCAAAUAUAGCUACAAUGAAGGGCACAGUUUCAGACGUCAGUAUCCACCUCUCACUCUUAGAAAGCUACAGUACUUGAUAGAUUUAGGUAGACUUGAUCCCACAGAACCAAUAGAUCUAACACAGCUGACAAAUGCCAGAGGUGUAACAAUACAACCACUGAAAAGGCAUUAUGGCAUCCAACUUGUGGAGGAGGGUGCUGAUACCUUUGCAGCAAAAAUAAAUAUUGAAGUGCAGAUGGCAUCAGAAUUAGCCAUUGCUGCAGUUGAAAAAAAUGGUGGCGUUAUUACUACAUCUUUCUAUGAUCCAAUCAGUUUGGACAUUCUUUGCAAGCCAGUGCCAUUUUUUCUGCGAGGCAAACCAAUUCCAAAGCGAAUGCUUCCUCCUGAAGAUCUUGUUCGUUACUAUACAGAUGCUAAGAAUCGUGGCUACUUGGCUGAUCCAUCAAAGGUUCAAGAAGCAAGACUGGAACUUGCCCAAAAAUAUGGUUAUAUAUUACCAGAUAUUACAAAGGAUGAACUAUUCCAAAUGCUGAGCAGGCGCAAGGAUCCUAGACAGAUUUUCUUUGGGCUUGCUCCAGGUUGGGUUGUAAACAUGUCAGAAAAGAAAAUUCUGAAGCCAACAGAUGAGAACUUGUUAAAGUACUACAGUUCAUGAGCAUUUGAAUUGAAGACAGUUUUGUGUCUUUGAAUUAUUACAGAGACAUAAUAUCAUUUUUUUGCUGGAAAACAAAGCUAGUUACAAUGCAAAUAAAAUACUAAAAUAUUG